AGUAUAAACCAGUCCAAACCAGUAUAACCCAGUCUAAACCAGUGCCGCAGGUGCCGACCCUGCCCCGGUUCCUGGCGCUGCGCUUCGGGGCCCGGCGGCUGCGGCCGCUGCUGGCGCUGCUCUCGCUGCUGCUCUACGGGGCCGCCCGCGUCUCGGUGGACAUGUUUUCGGGGGCCGUGUUCAUCCGGGAGGCGCUGGGCUGGGAGCUCUACGGGGCCGUGGGGGCGCUGCUGGCGGCCACCGCAUCUACACGGCCACUGGGGGCCUGCGGCGCUGAUGUACGCGGACGUGGUGCAGACGCUGCUGAUCGUGGGCGGGCCUCGGUGCUGGCGGCCUACGCCCUGUCGGCGGUGGGGGCUGCCGUCGCUGUGGCAGCGCUUCCCCCUCGCGCUGCCCCACAACGUGUCGGGCCGUGCCCCUCGCCCCGGGCCCUGGCCCUGCGCCUGCUGCGCCCCCCCGGCACCGACCUGCCCUGGCCGGGCCUUACUGGGACUGGAGUCACCGCCGGCUGGUACUGGUGCACCGACCAGGUGAUCGUGCAGCGCUGCCUGGCGUCCCGCUCGCUGCUGCACAUGCGGGCGGGCUGCGUGCUCUGCGGCUACCUGAAGGUGCUGCCUGUCUUCCUCAUGGUGCUGCCCGGCAUGGCCGCCCGCCUCCUCUUCCCCGACGUGGUGGGCUGCACGGACCCCGAGGAUUGCCUGCGCGCCUGCGGCUCCCCCGCGGGCUGCUCCAACGUGGCCUACCCCCGCCUCGUCGUCACCCUGCUGCCCACCGGGCUGCGGGGGCUGAUGCUGGCGGCGGUGCUGGCGGCCCUGAUGUCCUCCUUGGCCUCCAUCUUCGCCAGCGCCAGCGCCAUCUUCUCCCUCGACAUCUACCGGCGCCUGCGGCCCCACGCCACGCAGCGCCAGCUGCUCAUCGCCGGCAGGCUGUGGAUGGUGGUCCUGGUGGGCCUGAGCCUGGCCUGGCUGCCGGUGGUGCAGGCGGCGCAGGGCGGGCGCCUCUUCGACUACAUCCAGGCCGUGGGCAGCUUCCUCACGCCCCCCAUCGCCGCCGUCUUCUUCCUCGCCAUCUUCGUGCCCCGCGUCAACGAGCCCGGCGCCUUCUGGGGCCUGGUGCUGGGCCUGCUGCUGGGCCUGGGCCGGAUGGUGCCGGAGUUCGUGUUGGGGACGGGGACGUGCGAGGCCCCCGGGCGCUGCCCGGCCUUCAUCUGCGGCCUCCACUACCUGCACUUCGCCAUCGUCCUCUUCCUCGCCACCUGCGCCAUCAUCAUCGCCGUCUCGCUCUGCUACCCGCCCAUCCCCCGGCGGCACCUCCACCGCCUGGUCUUCAGCCUCCGCAACAGCCAGGAGCCGCGGGACGACCUGGACAAGGAACCGGCCAUGGGGGGGGACGUCCAGCUGCAGGACGUGGAGGUGACACCAAGCGGCCAGGGGGCGGAGCCAAAGGGACAAGGGGCGGAGCCAAGCGGCCAGGGGGCGGAGCCAAAGCCCCAGGGGGCGGAGCCAACGGGAAAAGGGGCGGAGCCAAUUGGACAAGGGGCGGAGCCUGGAGGGGCGGGGGGCGGGGCCAAGUUCGAGGCCCCGCCCCCCGAGGACCCGGUGUGGAGCCGGGUGGUCGACGUCAACGCGGUCAUCAUGACGGCCGUCGCCGUCUUCCUUUGGGGUUAUUUCGCUUAAAAUGCCCCAAAAUCGCCCGUUUUGAGACCAAAAAAUCACCAAAAAUCCGCUCCCCAAAAAUCCGCUCCCCAAACGUCCAAAACGGCCCCAAAAUGGCCCAAAAAAGGCUACCGCGAGGAAUGUCCAAAAAAAUGACCCCAAAAAUCUCAGAAUUGGACCCAAAAUGUCAGGAUUUCCCCCACCAAAAUCUCAUAAUUGGACCCAAAGUGUCGGGAUUUCCCCCCAAAACACCCCAAAGCUACCUCAGAAAUGUGAAAAAAACGCCCCCAAAAUGUUGUUAUUACCCCCAAAAUCCUCAUAACCCCAAAAAUCUCAGAAUUGGACCCAAAAUGUCGGGAUUUCCCCCAAAAAUCUCAUAAUUGGCCCCAAAGUGUCAGGAUUUCCCCCCCCAAAAAAUCUCAUAAUUGGACCCAAAGUGUCGGGAUUUCCCCCCCCAAAAAAUCUCAUAAUUGGACCCAAAAUGUCGGGAUUUCCCCCCAAAAUCCCAUAAUUGGCCCCAAAGUGUCAGGAUUUCCCCCCAAAAAUCUCAUAAUUGGACCCAAAGUGUAAGGAUUUCCCCCCAAAUUUCCCCCAAAGCUACCUCGGAAAUGUGAAAAAAUGCCCCAAAAAUGCUGUUAAUACCCCCAAAAUCCUCAUAACCCCAAAAAUCCCAUAAUUGGCCCCAAAGUGUAAGGAUUUCCCCCCAAAUUUCCCCAAAGCUACCUCGGAAAUGUGAAAAAACGCCCCAAAAAUGCUGUUAGUACCCCCAAAAUCCUCAUAACCCCCAAAAUCCCAUAAUUGGCCCCAAAGUGUCAGGAUUUCCCCCC